CUUCUUCCUAGUGUGAUAUCCGAUAGAGUUUAACAGAGAUCGAGGUGUUGGUUCUUUACAAAUAUCCGAAAGAUGGAAACAGCUGUUAAAGAAAGUUUACACUCUUGUAAAACAACAAAAGACAACAGCUGUUGUACAUGUGUCGUUACCUGUCGCUGUGAAAAUGGAAAGAUGAAAUGUGUCUGUAACUGCCAGGAUGACACGUCUCAGUGUUGUGAAGGGGCUAUGGAGGGGAAAGGCAAAUGUCCAUUUACCGUAACUAUUGUUUGUGAAUGCGAAGAUUCACGUUGUAGCCCAGAUUGUAAGAAGGAGUCAUGCCAGGAUUGUGCAGAAGCCAAAAAGAAGAACGGCUGUGUUUGUACCGUUACCUGUCUCUGUGAAAAUGGAAAGAUGACAUGCGUCUGUAACUGUAAGGAUGACACGUCUCAGUGUUGUGAAGAAGCUAAGGAGGGAAAGGACAAGUGUACUGUUACUUGUCAAUGUUGAAACGGAAAGAAGUGAUUCCUUACUGACUGAAUUUUCCAUGGUUUCUUUGACUGUUGAGAAGCCCGUAAAUUAACGCUGUGGAUAUGAAAACAAGGAGUAUAUCAAUAAGAGCAACUUAAUUUUAUGAUGAUAUAUGUGAUUAAUUCUUUUAUGUUAAGGUAUAUGUUUUUCAAAUAUUCUAUUAUAUUAAAGGCAGUUAGUAGUACACCAAACUAUAUCUAGAAAAAAGUAUGUUGGUUCUCUUUUUAAAUAUAGAAAUAUUGUUAUAUAAAGUUUUAAUUUUUUUUCUUGAGGGCUGAUAACGAUUAUAAUUAGCUAGGUAGGUAAGCCAAACACGAAAAUAAAAACGAGAUACUUGAAUAUACUGAUAUGAAAUUGUUAAUGGCUUUUAUAAUGCAUGUCUCAUCAGUAAAUGGGCGACAGUAGAUUUAUAUAUAUUUUAACUUUAGAU